UGGUGCCCGGCUCGGUCGCCAGUUCGCAUGUCGACUUGGUAGCGUUCGCACGUUCGUGCCGUCGGUACGGAGUUCGGCCCGCUGUUUGGUUGUGUGUCUGUGUGCGCGAGUGACUUAGUGGACGUGCGGCAGUGUGAUCAGUGACGAGAGUGACUCUCUAGUGUCCUCCGUGUCUAGUGCACCUCGGCCCGGCCGGUCAGUAUGACCGUGGAGUUGGCCGCCGGCUUGUGAAAGUGACGCGAGUGACGACAGUGUUUCGAGUGAUUCAAGUGACAUGAUGAUGACCGGGUUGAUGCGUGGGGGCAUGGGGGUCAUGAUGCCGGGCGGCCUCUGCGCCCCGGAGUCGUCCCCCGAGGUGACGUCCUCGUCCGGCCCCCUCGGCGCCCUGGGCCAGCUCGGCGCCCUCGGCUCGCUGGGGGUCGUCGCCAACACCUCCCACCAUGGACUAGGGGGUCUUGGCGGCCUGGGGCACCACCCCCUCGGGGGCGGCGGCAUGGGCAACAUGAACAACAGUGGCGGCGGUGUCAUCAGCCCCUCGCACUCGCUGGGCUCCUCUGACAUCGGCGACGUAGACCUGGAGCUGUGGGACCUGGACCUCCAGGGCAACCCCCAGCCCCGGCAGAACCUCAUGAUGCACCACCGGCUGCAAGGGCUGCAGGGUCUGCAGGGGCUGUCCCAGGGCAACACCGGCUUCGGCACAGGCCACGGCACCAGCCAGUGCUCCGACACCAGCGAGUCCAUCUCAGGUCGGGAGGACUUGUCCCCGCCCAGCAGUCUGAAUGGCUACUCCAUGGACAGUUCGGACGUCAAGAAGAAGAAGGCCGCUGCCCCGCGACAGCAAGAAGAGUUGUGCCUGGUGUGUGGCGACAGAGCCUCUGGCUACCACUACAAUGCCCUUACCUGUGAAGGCUGUAAAGGCUUCUUCAGGAGAAGCAUCACCAAAAAUGCUGUGUAUCAGUGCAAGUAUGGAAACGGCUGUGAGAUUGAUAUGUAUAUGAGACGGAAGUGCCAGGAAUGCAGGCUUAAAAAAUGUUUGGCUGUGGGCAUGAGGCCGGAAUGUGUGGUUCCAGAAUACCAGUGUGCAGUCAAGCGGAAAGAAAAGAAAGCACAGAAAGACAAAGAUAAACCGAAUUCUACCACUAACGGAUCAUCAUCAUUAGAUAUAAUCAAGGUGGAUGAGCAGGGCAAGUUUUGUUUGGCUCAAGUUGAUCCUGUUUAUGGUUCUGGAAAUGGUGGAACCAGCACUGUUGAAACAAAGUUUGCAGCCCCCAUAAAUGGUAUAAAGCCUGUAAGUCCAGAACAAGAAGAACUCAUACACCGAUUGGUUUACUUCCAAAAUGAAUUUGAACACCCAUCAGAUGAGGAAUUGAGACGUGUCAAUGUUUCAAGUAUAGACAUUCAAGAUGAUGGCACAGUUCGGUUCCAUAACAUCACAGAAAUUACAAUUCUCACUGUUCAGCUUAUUGUGGAAUUUGCAAAGCGACUUCCUGGCUUUGACAAACUUCAAAGAGAAGACCAACUUGCACUCCUGAAGGCGUGCUCAAGUGAGGUGAUGAUGCUUCGGAUGGCGCGGUGUUAUGAUGCCGCAACAGAUUCUAUUGUAUUUGCAAACCAUGAACCAUACAACCGAUCAGACUACUUACAUGCUGGUUUUGGUGAUGUGGUAGAGGAUCUCCUGGCAUUUUGCCGGCACAUGUGUGGACUGAGGGUUGACAAUGCAGAGUAUGCCCUCCUUACAGCUGUUGUGAUAUUUUCAGAUAGGCCAUCACUUCAUGAAGGAUGGAAAGUAGAAAAGAUUCAAGAUAUUUAUGUAGAAGCACUGAGAACAUAUAUUGAAAAUAGAAGACAGCCCAGGCCGUCUACCAUCUUUGCAAAACUUCUUGCAGUCCUCACAGAACUCCGCACCCUGGGUAAUCUAAAUAGUGAACUGUGCUUCUCUUUGAAGAUCAAGAAUAAGAAACUACCACCUUUCCUGGCAGAGAUCUGGGAUGUGCAAACGUAAUGGUGUGGCAGUGUUAUAGGACUGCAACUUGCAGCCCCAGAAUGAACCUAAGUGAUACAAUCUAAUUGCCUCUUACCUCAAUUUUGUAGUCUGGGUAUGUACAUGAACCUGUUUCUUCUUUUUUUAUAAUACAAAUGUUGGGAAGACGACACAAAUUGAACAUAUCAAGACUGACAAAUUGAAGGUUUCCAAAGCCUAAAAUCUAUUAGGUAAGAGCCGAACACUCAAACUUGUGUUCUUCUGUGACUCACAUGAACCACUCGACAUGUGAGAAGGAGAUUUCUGUGGGUUAGUCAGGAAACUCACUCUAGUGAGAUAUAUUUGCCAUUGCCUCAAGAAGUUUUUGAAAGUGAUUUGUUACCCCCUAUCUGAUUGUGACACCCUUUAAAGGUUGUGAUGAGAAUGGUUAUGUUUGAAACUUUUUUAUUAUUAUUAUCAUUAUUAUUAUUAUUACUAUUAUUAUUACUACUAUAAUAUUAUUAUUAUUAUUAUUGGUUAUUUGGAGGUGAAUUUAGGCUGGAGAUUGAACCAUCCUCCGAUUAACGCCACCAAAAUGCAGGCUGUGAAAUAAAUACAUAAACCUACUAAUUAUAGCAUGAACUUUUAUGCAAGUAAUGUACAAAAGUUUGUGUAGUUAGAAUGUUAGCUCAUGAAAAAUGUUUGAAUCAUGUGUAAAGAAUCUAUUAUAUUGUAUAAAGAAGUGUAGGUGGAUAGAAAGAGUUUCUAUGAUUGUAAAGUAUGCAUACAGCACAGAAGUAUGUGUUGAUUGUUGAAUGGUAUUAAAUAUUUUUGAACAGAAAUAUAAAUAUUUAUAUUAAAUGCAAUGACAAAACCAAGUAUGAGACCGUGAUAAAAAUUGGUGCCUUUUCUGUAGCUUGACACUGGUGCAGCAAAAUUUGAUUAUUUGGUAUGGAAAAAAGAUUCAGAGUUGUCGAGAGAUAUAGUCUGGCCUUUGACUGAGACAUGUAUGACUUACCACCAUGCUCCUGUUUCAGCAUGUAACAUCAUAAAAUAACCGUCCGUCUAAUUUUUAAGAACACUGAGUUUUACCGAAAGUAUCUUGAAUGUGUCCAGAAAUCUAUUUAACAGCAGAAGGAUGAUGGAAUGUAAUUUGCUGUUUUCCCCUGGUGGAAAUUGUUCUUCUUGGAAACACUGUUGAUUGUUAAGGAAUUACAGUACAUUAUAUCUCAGUUCUUAUUUCAUAGUUCAUUCUUACCUAUUAUGUAUAUGCUAUGGUUCUCAUCUAUUCACUGACAUAAGUACUCAUUAGCAUAUAAAUGUCAAACUUCAGGAAUGCAGACAGCACUUUUUCUAUGAAAAAUUGCUGUCCGUACAAAGAUUUUGCAUAAUGUCUUUUAUACUGUCUUGUGUAUCUGUUGUUGAAGCAAAAUAUUCUAUUUCUGAUAACUUCAGAAAUAGUCUCUUGCCGUAUCCCUUUUUGUUCAUUUGUUAGAAAUUCUGUUAAUAAAGAUUUUUUUGUUUACAAUUUUGGUAAAAAAAGUAAUCUUCUAGUAACUUUAUUUUACCUGCCUGAAUGCAGAUGUCCUAUUUGCUGUUACCUGGAGUUUGAAGUUUGUGAACUGCCAUCAUUAUCAUGCUUUUGAACACUUAUGGACUGGUAAUGCUAAAGCAAUGUCAGAUGACACCACAAAAGGCUCACACUUAUCACCUCUAACGUGCGUCAAAUGUUGAAAUUCCUUAAUUUGAAUACAUUACUCUUCUGAAUCAGUUUUGUAUACCAUUAAAAACGAAAAGUAGAGUUUUAAUGCUGUUUUUGAUAUAAAAUUUAUGCCUCCCGAGUAUUUUAUUGGUUUCCAGAGGUUUUAUUUAUCAAAAACUAUCCAAAUUGUUUUAUUUGGUAAUUAUUACUGAUGGGGACUGAAUGUGUUCUUCUACUCAACUGCCUAAAUUUUCAUCAAAUUUUUAUAGUUAUGUGGUGUCCCCUCAGAAAAAUGGAAUUUAACAUUUAAACUUGAGGUACUUGCCAGUUGUGGAAAGCAUUUUUAUACCUUAAGAUUUUGUUCACAAAUGAAAUCGAGUUUUGUUAUGUCUAAAUUGUGGGUGCCGUAUCCACUUUUGAAAAGUAAUAAGGAAAAGUUCACUGCCGUUUUGAAAAAGUUGGACAUAUGACACUGUGUUUUGCAUUUAAAUAUGAAUCUUCUAAUAUGCCUUUUAUAUCAUCACUUUGUAAUCUAAAGCUUGGUUGUUCAUAGGUUUUAAAGAGUUUCCAGUGUUUAGUUUUUCAAAAUAGUGACAAAUUUUUGAAAUUUAUUACAAUGGCUGCAAUGAUCUAUCUGGGACUGAUCAUCUUCAUUCAUAGCUUGUUUAUUUCAAACAGUUUUGUCCCAGAAGUACUUUCCAUGUAGAUGAUUUCUUUACUAAAAUUAUGGCUGACAUUGGGAACCCUCUUUCACAAAGCAGAUACUACACCACUGCCAUGUAACGUUUCAUGUUUUAUCCAGUUCCCUUCCUUUUAGUAGACUGCUGAUGUAAUGUGUUCAGUCUGUAGAUCCUCAUGCAUCUUUUGCGCCUCUCUUACCUAGCACUGCUUAUAAGUAACUCUUUCUGUGUUAAUAUUCUCAAUACUCUUUUAACGCAGUUAAUAUCUCUGUACUUCUUUUGUAAGAAAAACAAAAACAUGGGAAAAAAAAUGGGGGAAAAAAACGGACACUGAAAAACAAUUUUUACUGAUAUGGUAAAUUAAAGGUCAGAAUUUACUUGUAGUAUACCAUUCUUCGAAUAUGUGAUAAUACUGAAAUUUUAGGUAGUAUACCAUGUUUAGUGGACAUUUUAGAUUAAAGGAGUUUCCUCAACUAAAUGAGUCACAUCUUUUAUAAGCUCGCCUUUUGGAAUAUUAAAGUUUUCUGUUCCCUGAAUUUCUGAUUCAUCGGAAUACAGUAGCAACUCUCAAUAGUAAUUGUAAACAAAAUUUUUUACAUCUUUUUUGUCUUAAAGACAUGGCUAUAAGAAAGGAGGACAUGAACUACUCAUGAACUACUGAUGGGAACUGAUCAUUUGAAUGUGAUGUAAAAGAAGCCAUCACACUUUAACACUGACUGAUUGAAGGAAAAGGAGUGGUUAUAUGAUUAUAUGAAUGCUGCUAUACACUCCAGCACUGCCAAGAUUUUAACAAUAUUAAUAUGAAAAUGUUUUUGCUACCUCUUUGAAUGGUUCUUUGUUGGAUUCACUGCCUUUUAUUCUGCGUGGAAUGAUGAUCAAGAUAAUUUUCGAGUUACUUUGAAGUAUCAACUGGCUUACUUUACCACUGUCAUUUAUGUAGUGUAUAUCACUUCCUAAUGGUUGAGCUGCUGUUUCUCUUGCUCAUAAUCAUUAUGUUCAUGAUUUCAUAAGGGGCUAUGCCAGGUCAUAUUCCCUUCCAUUUGGAAACUGCCAUUCAGUUUUUCUCACAUGUAUCUUAAUUAAUGAUAAUUGUUACCUCAGUUCUCAUCUGUCGUUGAAAAGGUAGCGAAAAUUUACUGCACCUACUUAGCUAGUUGGUUUUGACUCCAGACAUGAGGACAGGUAUCUCAUUCUACUGUACUGUGAACUAAGCAUCAUUUGAAUCUUGUGAAUGUUUUAAUGUUGACGUGUUUAAAAAUAUUAGGAUCCAUAACAGCCAGCAGAAUAGAAUAAGUAUGCAUAUAAUGUGCCUUCAUUAAUUGAAGCAUUAUCUAUCUGCUUCAGUUAACGCCUGCAUGUUUGCUAAAGUUAGUUAUCAGUUAAAUAACGUUAUGUGUGAAGGAAAUUGAAGACUUGCUUUGUUCAACCCGACAGCCAAUUUAAUGGAGACUAAGCUGGAAAAUCUAACUAGCCAGAACUGACAGAGUUAAUUGUUGUCUGGUGUUUUGAAAGUCUGUUAAUGUGUAAGGAUUAGAACAGGGACAGAACUAGCUCCCUAAGCUCCAAAGUCAAAUCCAACCAGUGCUUGCUGUUUGAUAGGUUUUCAUGAGAGGUAUUGUCAAAACUCGUUAUUUGAAUUUUUAUUUCUUCUCUGUGUGUGUUUUUGGUAAUUAGGAUUGCAUUCGGUACUUUCCCUGAAAUGGCUUCUACCUUGUAACUUAACAUUAAUAUUAAAAAUGUUUACUGUUGUUGAAAGCUGUAAAAUAGAGAAUGCUGUUUGAUAAAAAUGUGUGUGAUGCUUCUUAGCAUACAUAUUUAGAGCAAUGACCAAGAGCUGAAAGUGAUCAUGCAUCCUCCAAAAAUUUGGCAUUGUGGAACAUUCCCUUGUUCCAAAGGGAUCGAACAAAAACUAAUUUGGAUCUGGAAGUCCUUGAAUUAAAACAUGCUCAACAUCCGGCACAGGUAGAAGUGAUUCAUGAACCAAAUGGCAAAAGUAUGUGAUUAGCAAGUAUUUGAAAAUGUUCUUUCGUCUCCAUAUUCCUUCUUAUUUAACUUUAGAACAAAUUUAUUUAUUUCUAAUGUUGAAGCAGCAUCGUGAUACAUAGUCUAAAAAUUUUAAAUCAGAAAUACAUUUGAUUUCUGAGUGCGUAUUUGAUUUUCUCUUGAAAAAAUGAUUGACCUAACCAUCUGAAUUGAAAAGCAAUUGUGAGACUUAACUUCUAGCUUUGUGACAGAGAGACUCUAUUCUACAUUUUCUCAUAGCAGCCAUAGCUUUUCUCAGGCAACUCUAAGAGUCCUUUUUCAGUAAAUACUAAUAACAAUCUAUAAUUUAACUUCUUCACAGUUUAUUGCCUUUGUUCCCCUUGGUUUUGUAAAUAAACAUAUAUCUCAACUCCUUGUAGUUCAGCUGAUAUGUCGGUGUCCUUUGUUCAAAUGAAUCGGUUUCUGUUAUUUUUAAACUAGUGUACAUGAGUGAUAUGUAAAUCUUCACUUUUUUUUUCCUCUUGUAGCAUAAUGUAGAAAUGUGCAAUAUAUGCCAUGCAUGCCGUGCAUAAAAUGAUCAAACAGGGGGGAAGGGCUUUGAUGUUCCAAUGCUGAAGGGCUGUGCAGAGAGACAUUGUGAAGGAUGCUGAGUAGUUUGCAAGUACAUUUGGCAUGUACUUUGCACACUUACAAACAGAAUGCAGUAUUAUUAGUCUAAGUAACCCUAACAUUUCAGGUGAAUAUUUGGUGAGAACAUUUAAAAAUUGCUUAUAGGUGUAAAACACUAUGACUCGGACAUUUCAAGUCGGAUGUUAUGUUAUGAAAGGAUGCAUGAUGAUAGGUUAUGGGUGUGAUGUCCCUAAGGGCACCAUUGUUUAUAUUGUACAGAACGAUUGUAAAAUGUGAAGAUACAUGAUGUAUUGUAAGAACUGCUCUUUGUGUACUGAAUGGAUAGCUAGCUACGCAAUAUGUCGGUAGGUAGAUAUUUGAAAGAGAUGAGGGAUAUUCAGUGAGCUAUAUUUAAAAAGCCUAAGGGGAAUUCUAAAGUUACUGUUGAACAUUCAUUGUGAGUAGAACCGUAGAAUUUGUGCAUGAUGAAUACUUGUACUGUAUAUAUAGAAUAUUUUACCUUUCCCCUUAGUAGCUUUUUUAUAAAGUUCAUCAGCAAAUUUUAUGGCAAGAAUGAUGUAUAGAUAUAAAUUUUUUCUAUUUUGUGCAGUAAAUUGACACUACAAACUAUGA